GUCAUCGGCUUCAGGGCUUCGUACAUAAUGACAGCCGCCUUAUCCAUGAUAGUUGCAGUAGUGAUUGCGUUCGUUUUCGGCUGGAAGCUGGCGUUUGUGAUCUCGGCACUUAUGCCAGUCAUGAUCAUAGCAACUUUUUUGGACUGCAGGCAGCGAAUGACCCGUCAAUUUCGGGAUGCUCAGCUGCUCGAAGAAGCGGGAAGAAUUUUGAACGAAUGCACGGAAAACAUAAGAACGGUCAAAUCGCUAUGUCAAGAGCAACAUUUUUAUGAUCAGUUCAAGCAGUGUCUGUUGGUUCCUUACAGGGAAUCGCUCAGGCAAGGACAAAUAUACGCCGGUAGCUACUCGAUUUCUCAGAGCUUUAUUUUCCUAAUCUAUGCAGCUGCCUUUCGAUACGGCGGAUACCUGGUCAGUGUCGGUGAAAUGGACCCGCUGCAGGCCUGCUCUUGCAUCCCUGAUAUGGUGAAGGCGCUGAUUUCUGGCUCACUGACCUUCCACAUGAUAGGCAUGGAGCCUGACAUAGACAACUGCUCGCAGGCCGGACUCAAGCCAGAUUUGAAAGGCAAAAUAUGCUUCAACAACGUGUACUUUAAUUACCCGACCAGAAAAUCGGUGCAGGUCUUGCGAGGCAUCGCCUUUAAAACAACCAAACGCAUGACGCUGGCGGUUGUUGGACCCUCGGGCUGUGGCAAGACCACGUUGGUGAACCUGAUCGAAAGGUACUACGACCCAGUGAUCGGGAAUGUGACUGCCGAAGGCUUCGACGUACGUACCAUAAACAUCAGGCAUUGGCGCGACAGCAUCGGCCUGGUAAGCCAGGAGCCAGUGCUGUUCAACUGCUCGAUGCACAACAACAUCACGUACGGUAUCGAUCAUGGGGCAACACGGGACAGAGUAGUGGCGGCCGCGAAGAUUGCGAACAUUCACGACUUCAUCCUUACCUUGCCAAACGGAUAUAACACCUUAGCUGGUGAGAAAGGAGUUCAAUUGUCAGGGGGCCAAAAGCAACGCAUCGCAAUAGCUCGAGCGCUGAUCCGAAACCCGAAACUUUUGCUACUCGAUGAAGCGACGUCAGCGUUAGACACUGAAAACGAACAGAUGGUACAAGAUGCCAUAGAAAAGGCCACGACAGGCAGAAUUAGCAUUCUAAUAGCUCAUCGACUUUCAACAGUGCAGAACGCAGACUGGAUUAUCGUUCUGAAAGAAGGCCGGAUCGCGGAAGAAGGCAAGCAUAAUCAGUUGAUGAACAGAAAAGGCAUUUACUACCGUAUGAUCAAAAUGCAAGACCUGACCAGCCAAUAA